GACGCGGGCGCUGACACCGCAGUGCGCCGGGCGCCGCAAGGUUUUUUCGCUAGGAGGUGUGAUUGCCUAUAUCAGUUCUUCCAGCUCAGCCUCAAGCCCUGCCUCUUGUCACAGUGAGGGUUCUGAGAAUAGUUUCCAGUCCUCCUCCUCUUCUGUUCCAUCUUCUCCAAAUAGCUCUAAUUCUGAUACCAAUGGUAAUCCCAAGAAUGGUGAUCUCUCCAAUAUUGAAGGCAUCCUGAAGAAUGAUCGAAUAGAUUGUUCUAUGAAAACAAGCAAAUCGAGUGCACCUGGCAUGACGAAAAGUCAUAGUGGUGUGACAAAAUUUAGUGGCAUGGUUCUACUGUGUAAAGUCUGUGGGGAUGUGGCGUCAGGAUUCCACUAUGGAGUUCAUGCUUGCGAAGGCUGUAAGGGGUUCUUUCGGAGAAGUAUUCAACAAAACAUCCAGUACAAGAAGUGCCUGAAGAAUGAAAACUGUUCUAUAAUGAGAAUGAAUAGGAACAGAUGUCAGCAGUGUCGCUUUAAAAAGUGUCUGUCUGUUGGAAUGUCGAGAGAUGCUGUUCGGUUUGGUCGUAUUCCUAAGCGUGAAAAACAGAGGAUGCUAAUUGAAAUGCAAAGUGCGAUGAAGACCAUGAUGAACAGCCAAUUCAGUGGUCACUUGCAAAAUGACACAUUAGUAGAACAUCAUGAACAGACAACCUUACCAGCUCAGGAACAGCUGCGACCCAAGCCCCAACUGGAACAAGAAAACAUCAAAAGCUCUUCUCCUCCCUCUUCUGAUUUUGCAAAGGAAGAAGUGAUUGGCAUGGUGACCAGAGCUCACAAGGAUACCUUUAUGUAUAAUCAAGAGCAGCGAGAAAACUCAGCUGAGAGCAUGCAGCCCCAGAGAGGAGAACGGAUUCCCAAGAACAUGGAGCAAUAUAAUUUAAAUCAUGAUCAUUGUGGCAAUGGGCUUAGCAGCCAUUUUCCCUGUAGUGAGAGCCAGCAGCAUCUCAAUGGACAGUUUAAAGGGAGAAACAUAAUGCAUUACCCAAAUGGGCAUGCCAUUUGUAUUGCAAAUGGACAUUGUAUGAACUUCUCCAAUGCUUAUACUCAAAGAGUAUGUGAUAGAGUUCCGAUAGAUGGAUUUUCUCAGAAUGAGAACAAGAAUAGUUACCUGUGCAACACUGGAGGGAGAAUGCAUCUGGUUUGUCCAAUGAGUAAGUCUCCUUAUGUGGAUCCUCAUAAAUCGGGACAUGAAAUCUGGGAAGAAUUUUCAAUGAGCUUCACUCCAGCGGUGAAAGAAGUGGUGGAAUUUGCAAAGCGUAUUCCUGGGUUCAGAGAUCUCUCUCAGCAUGACCAGGUCAACCUUUUAAAGGCUGGGACUUUUGAGGUUUUAAUGGUACGGUUUGCAUCAUUAUUUGAUGCAAAGGAACGUACUGUCACCUUUUUAAGUGGAAAGAAAUAUAGUGUGGAUGAUUUACACUCAAUGGGAGCAGGGGAUCUGCUAAACUCUAUGUUUGAAUUUAGUGAGAAGCUAAAUGCCCUCCAACUUAGUGAUGAAGAGAUGAGUUUGUUUACAGCUGUUGUCCUGGUGUCGGCAGAUCGAUCUGGAAUAGAAAACGUCAACUCUGUGGAGGCUUUGCAGGAAACUCUCAUUCGUGCACUAAGGACCUUAAUAAUGAAAAACCAUCCAAAUGAGGCCUCUAUUUUUACAAAACUGCUUCUAAAGUUGCCAGAUCUUCGAUCUUUAAACAACAUGCACUCUGAGGAGCUCUUGGCCUUUAAAGUUCACCCUUAAGGCCUUUGUUUAUUUAAACAUGAACUGAUGGUAACUGUACAUUUUGUGCUAAAAUGCUUAUUUAUAUGUGUAUACCAUAUGUGGAGAUAGAAAAGACCUUUAAGACAAUAAAAGAUUGUAGGCUAUCUCUGUAAUCAUGCAAUAGCUGUUUGGAUUGAGAACUCUUCAGCCAUGAUUAGACGUUGACCGCAUCUCCCUGACAGACCAAUCAGCUGUGUCGCACUUAAACUGGAGAAGUUACACUGAAGUAUAAUCACACUGAAUGUUAGACUUUUUCAUCUGCCAAAACCAAAAACCAUUUUGAUCUCCCUGUGAUAUAAAUAUGACGCACAAUCACAAGUGUAUGAGGACUUAGAAAUUAAUCCUUUGUGGUAGGAGUUCUGUUGAAUGAUGGAAAUCUUAUUACUACCACAAGACUAUUUGAUCUGGUAAUUGGAGACUUUGGGAUUUAGGAGAUCUCCAUGUCUGUAUUUUACUCUACCACUGUUAAAGUGUGUGGUCCUGAGUAGUUUACUUGCUUGUGGAAAAUGAGAAUUGAUAGUGUCCCCAAUGCCCCACCUCACAGAGUUACUAAAAAAUGUCUGUAAAGCAUAUUUACCUCUUGGGAGAUAGGCACUAUGUAAAUAAGGUAAAAUUUUUUGUUAUUAUAAUUAUUCAUAACAACAUUCUUUUCUUCUUUCUAAGCCUUUCUGGGAAAUCAUUUCACAGUCCACACCAACCAUAUUAUUCAGGGUUCCUGCAUAUGUGUGGGGUAUCCUACUGAUACACACAUACUCGAAGUUUAUGGGUAUAACAAAGACAUAGUACAUGUACAUAAUGUGUAUGUGAAUAUAGUUAAACAUAAAUAUGUUUCUUCACAAUAUUUUAAACUGUGAAGAACUUUAUCAUACAGUAAACUUAAAACAAGAGGUGUCAAAAGACCCAAAUUAGGUGCAUUUUACCUGUUGAUGAUGGCAUAACCAUUGCUUUAAAAUGUUUAGACAGUAGAAUAUUGAAUUUAUGCUCUAUUUUUGUUUGUUUAAGCAACACUUAAUGUAAAAGUGGCAACAGGCAAUUGAGUCCAAAUUUCCACGACAAAAAAACCCCAUGUAUUUUAGAGUUCAUCUUUGGCAAAAUCUUUGGUUCAGGGUACUAGUUGUUUAAAAGUUGAUUCAUAUUCUUACCUUGUGCUGAAAAAGGUUGCAUUGCUGCCCCUUAUACACAUGCUGCAGCUUGAUGUUAAAGAAUUUUUAUUCUUUCAGAAGAACUAUUUAAUGUUUAAAGAAACUGUUUAAUAUGAUGGCAUGUGUGUGUGUGCGCGCGUAUGUAUGUUCUGAGUCCACUUCUUUUUUCCUAAAUAACACUACAGGGAUUUUGUCAUAUUAGAUUUAACUUAUAAUUUGAAAAAUCAUCUAAUGUGUGACCUACAGGCUUAGAAAUGGUAUAGUCAAAGACAUUUUAUCCACAUUUCUAAUAGUGGACUUGAUUAAAUAGAUAAGAUCAGCAUCUGUUUAUGGUAGUAGGAGAAAUAGCCAAAGUUGAGGAUUUUAUGUAUGUUUUUCUGUUUCCCUGGAAAACAGCAAUUAAUUGGAUUUUUUAGUAAAGAUUGCCUUCUAUAUAAUGUUUGGAUUAUAUAAAAUUGCAAAAACGAUAAGAGCCUGCUUUACUGUACUAAGCCUGUUACUUUCCUGACGUGUGAGCAGAAUGCCUUAUUUUGUAAUCUUGUUUAACUUGUUGCUACUGGGACUUGAUUUACUGUGGCACUAGUUAAGUAAGUUAAAAAAAGUUAAACCCUCUCAUUAUUAAAGAGGAAAGGCAAUGGUGAUGUCUGUAAUACAAUAUAAACCAUAAUUGUGAUUUACCUUAAGUAGGUAUAACUCUUAUGGGAUAUACAGUAUAGUUUUUGUGAAUCUUUACAUGAUAGCAUUAUCUUUUUAUAAUUUUUUUUUCCUAAGAUAAACAAAUGCAUAGUUUUCUUCUAUGGGGGAUAGAAACAGCUUUUUGAAGUAAUAUUGAAAACCUCAAAGAUCAUGUUGAUUCUUAAUUUUUGCCUUUUGCAUAAGCCUCUUUAUAACAUGUAUCUUUAAAAGAAUUAAGUCUUUAGGAAUGUGUAACCAGAACUAUGUUAGUAUUGCUUAUAAAACUUUAGUUAGGUUCAAUAUAUACAUAUAUACAUCUCUAUAUAGGUAUAUAGAUUUGCAUUUUGUCUUGUAAAAUUUUAUUUGAAUAAAUUCCUCCUGUAGGUAAUGGGAAACAAAAUUAAUAGUUCAUAUGUCACUCAUAGCUUUUCUAUAUUUGAAAGUAGCCCAAUAUGAAACUUCUGAUUCUAAAAUUAAACCAGCAGCCUAUUACAAGCACAUUCUUUGAUUGAGUCAUUGGUUAUAAACGUACUAAAUACAGAGAAGACAGCCAAUUUAGGAGACUUCCGAGUUGGUGGGACACUGUUGAUUAAUAAUGUACUGUAUGAAUUAAGUGAUGCUUUAACUUUGAUUUUACAUUUUAAAGUUAAAAUGUGGGCAUUAUGUCAGCAAACUUAAGGGCAUUAUGUCAGCAAGCUAAAACAUUUUUUUUCUUGUGCUUUUAAUGUAUCUCUUUACAUGAUCUGAGAGAGGAUUCAAGUUGAUAGAAAUAGCUGAGGGGAAAAGGGGAAACAUCUUGGGAUGAAGCUUGUUCUUAUGGUGAUGGUUUAAUUACAGAUUUAAAAAUUAGAAGGAAAUUUCAGUGGAUUAAGUGUAUAGCUUUCAUAUCUACAUUUCAAGAAAUUACCAUUGUAAACUUGAUAAGAGAUGAUUUAUUUUAUGUAAACAUCUUUGCAAAGCAAGGUGUAGCAGCUCAGCUAGAUUUAUUACUGUGCACGAAAGUAAAUACCUAUCUCAAUUACUCUUUUUCUUUUCCAAUAUAAAGUUUGCUGAAUGUACAAGAAGAGUUUAUCACUUAGGAUAUAGAAUUUUUUUAGGGGUUGGGGGGAGGGGAUCUGUCAGGAAACUAUUACCUAUAAAAAAAGAUUGACUUGAUUAGAUCCAAAAGAUAAAACUUGAAGCUAUUCUGGAACUAACAUGGAAAAAUGAAAUGGCUAUUGUUUAAAAAAUGAUAGAAAUACAUUGUUGAUGGGAUAUGAGUUAAGUUUAUUUUCUACAAACUGUAAUUGAUUGAUGAGGACAUGGAUAAUAUCUUCAUGUUUCUGAGAAGUAAUCUGUAUGUGGGGGGAGGGGAUAAUAAAUAUUUCUAACCAAC